UGGAAGGGGCGCCAAAAGCUUUCUCAGUGCCUCGGGCUCAGCUGAUAACUACAGUUUAACCUUUGACCCCGACCUUAAGGCGCAGAUAGCAGCAGCGACAACUCAGCCCUGCCGCUCGGCACCGGGGACGAAGCCAACAUGCUUGUGCCUAUCGUUGAUUUCAGCGUCUACGCCGUAGGCAAGGAACAGCCGACCGAUGAGAUGCUGGGCGACGUUGCCGAGAAGAUGAGGGCUGCGUUUUGUGACAUCGGCUUCUUGUACCUGCAGAACACUGGGAUCGAACAGCAGGAGGUAAACCAAGCCUUAGAGGUCUCUAGGAAGUUCUUCCUGCAGCCCACUGAGUUCAAGAUGCUGUUUGCCAGAGGGAGCUUCCCAGAGCAGCAUAAUCAUGGCUGGGUUUCAUCCGAGGGCGAAAGUUUGAACCCCGAGCGUCCAGGAGACCUCAAAGAGGCGUUCAAUGUCUCCAUCCUGCACCCAGAUUUGAAGUGGCCUGCAGACAAGGCUGUGGUGGGAUUUCACAAAGAGCUGGAGUCCUUCUUCCGGAAGUGUAUGGACUUGUCCCUCAGAGUGAUGACCGUGAUGGCACUGAGCCUGGGGCUGCCCAGCGACUUCUUCAGCACCAAGCAUCAGUGUUUUGGGGCCCACAAUAACUCCAGCACCAUGAGGUCCCUGUAUUACCCACCUGUGGACCCGUCUCAUGUGAAGCUGAAUCAGGUGCGCUGCGGCGAGCACUCUGACUACGGCACCAUCACGCUGCUCUUCCAGGACGGUGUCACCACUGGCUUGGAGGUCAUGACCAGAGCUGGGGACUACGUGUCAGUGCCCUCCAUCCCGGGCCACGUGCUCUUAAACCUCGGCGACUUGCUGCAGAUGUGGACGUCGGACCUGUUUGUGUCCUCGAAGCACCGAGUCCCACUGCCAACAGUGGAGAUGACGAGGGGCACCAGGCAGUCCAUCGCUUUCUUCGUUCAGCCGGAUAACGACGUGAUGGUGUCCUGCUUGGACGGCUCCAACAAAUACCCGCCAGUGAACGCGCUGCAGUAUCUCGAGGAUCGCUUCGCCGCCUCCUACAAUUAAUUCAGCUGAGCGCCUGUCAGUCAUGUGCCAAUCAAGUAUGCAAGUGCCAAUCAAGAAGCUGUCAAUCAACUAUAUUAGUGCCAAUCAAGAGGCUGUCAUUCAACUAUGAGUGCCAAUCAAGUAUGCAAGUGCCAAUCAAGAAGCUGUCAAUCAAGUAUGAGUGCCAAUCAAGAGGCUGUCAUUCAAGUAUGUGAGUGCCAAUCAAGAGGCUGUCAAUCAGAUAUGCGAGUGCCAAUCAAGAGGCUGUCAAUCAGAUAUGCAAGUGCCAAUCAAGAGGCUGUCAAUCAACUAUAUUAGUGCCAAUCAAGAGGCUGUCAUUCAAGCAUGCAAGUGCCAAUCAAGAGGCUAUCAAUCAGGUAUGAGAGUGCCAAUCAAGAAGCUGUUAAUCAACUAUAUUAGUGCCAAUCAAGAGGCUGUCAAUCAACUAUGAGUGCCAAUCAAGUAUGCAAGUGCCAAUUAAGAGGCUGUCAAUCAGCUAUGAGUGCCAAUCAGCUCCUUAUUGUGUGCAUACGAGUGCCCAUCCAGUAUGUGACAACUAAUCAAAGGUCAGUCCAAAGUUUAACGACUAAUUGUCUGGAAGGGACAGAAAAUGAACUUUUUGGUUGUUGUGAUGCAAUGUUUGCCACGGGACGAGGAGGAGGAGGAAGCAAAUCCGCUCCCACUUUAGCUUAUGUGGACACAUCAGAUUUCCGAGGUUUUUUAUGUUUGUUUUUAUUGCCUAGGAUUUAAUAAGCGACUGAUUUGUAACCAAUCCUGAAAUGCCAGUCACCUUAUCAACUGCGCUAAUGUCUGACUGUUAUAACAGGACUUCUCACCAGGUGCUUUGUUCUUGUGCAGAAGCAAAUUGUUGUUUUGACUCCUGUGCCAUUGUUGGGGGGUCAUUGUUGUCACAGUCUGGGUGGACGCAGGGGCACUCGAGUCCUCCGGCUGUCAAUCAGCUCAGCGCCUCUUCUGUGUGUUCUUCUUCGUUCCUGUAAGUGCAGGAGAACUUGGGGCCACCAGGGGGAGCUCUAAGCUUAUGAAUCCAGGACUUGGCGCUCAGCCCUCUGGACCCUCUGGACGCAGGGUCUGGUGGAGGGCAUACAGCCAUCCCAAGUUCCCUUGGUCACACUUUUGUAUUUUAAUUUGGGGAGGCGUCGUCGUCGAUGGGUGAUCUCUCUCUUCAAGCCAAUGGCAGAACGGCAAGACGAGAUCUUCUGUAAUGUCCCUCUGGUUUUCUGAACCAAAAUAUCUUUAGGGUUACAACCGUCGGUUAUAAUGGCAAAGUGGAAAAGCAAAUUAUCUAUGCAAGACGAUCUCACAGCUAUCUGAUGAAAGAUGGUGAAGAAAAACGGAUCCAAGCCAUGAAAAGAGACGAAGGACCAAAUGUUGUUUAUCUGUUGUUUGUGAGCGGCGCUUUAAUCCAGGCGAUUCCAUGGAGUCUACGUGCUGCCUUAUUAGGGCGGAUGUGGUGUGGAGUCGUUUUAUCUGCAACAACCCCUACCAGCGCCGGAACUGGCCAUUAAAAGGGAAAAUGCUUGGUGAAUGGGAGUGAAUGUGUGCUGAUGCAAAACGGUACGACAGGUCCCUUCUUCUGUUCCAUUCCACCAUUUUUUUUCACGUAGAUGCCUUCAAUUUCAAGCUGAAUGUCUACACUCAAAGCUCCCAAUACGAGACGGACACACGACCCACAUACUUGAGGGGCUGCAUUUCUCUGGAGUGUUCAUGACAACUCUUCAGAAUGUUUUCCAGCUGUCAUGUCGUUUCAAGUCGUUGUUUUCUAACCCACUUAAUCCAAACCAGGGUUACGGUUUAAGGCCUAUCACAGCUAGCAUAGGGCACAGGGCAGGGACAAACCCUGGACGAGGUGCCAGCCCAUCACCAGACACGGGCCAAUUUAGUGUAUUUGGACAGUGGGAGGGAGCACCCACAGGAAACCCAGACAACACCAUGCAGGGAGGACCCAGGGUGUUGAUGGUGGUCUCCAUACGAUGAGGCCGCAGCUCUACCACUGCGCCAUCAUGCCGCUUCCUUCUUGCUAUCAGUUCUUUAAAAAUAAAAACAAAAAAAAAGUGAAACUUCUGGGGGAUUGGGGUUACACGGACAGCUCCUCUCACCAUGUCAUUUUUUUGCCUCCCUAUUAUAUUAAAAAAGUUUUCCGUCAUGUCCACGUUAUUCAGCCUUGGCCCCUCCCCUCCACACGGCUUGUCCAAUCAUGACCCUUCUGCGCACAUCCUCUCUCCAUCCCACCCCGUGACACUCUGUGCCCUUCAACACUGUUGGUUAUAAUGGCGAAGCGGAAAAGCAAAUUAUCUAUGCAAGAUGGUCAAAUUCUAGCAGAUUAUUUCCCCCACUGUAUGGCAAGAACUCGAGGGGGCUCAGACUCAAACUGUGCAGGACUGUUUAUUAGAAAGCACCCCCUUAAUGUCCGCACACCCCUUCUGCUUCCACUGUUCUGCCUCUACAAGGAGCUCCAAGGAAGGCCAGAGAACCCGACACCCACAUGGAGGUCCGUCAGACUCCUCUCGCUCCUCCAUCUCAUUCCACGUUUCUGCCACUCUAGGAGUUACCACGAUGGCUCUGCCCCUCUCACCAGGAUGUAAAUAUUUGUAAGAUGUAUUUAGAUAUACUAGGGGGGUCCACCCCCUGCUCACUUUGCUCGCCAACCCCACAAGGUCCCCCUGCUCACGAAGGCCCACGUACUGCACAGGCGCGGAUGUUCACUGGCAUAUUUAAGACGGAGCUGUACAUGUGCCUUCUGGAUAUUGAUCAUCCGUCUCUCUCCAUAAACACGAGAGGCUGUUCAGUUCUUUGUAAGUGAGCAAACGCACAAAUUCAGCGGGAGAGCAGAUAUUUAUUUCCCCCACUAGUAUUUUUCACGUAAGCACAUGUAGAGAAAUAUGAUAACUGCAACGUGGAACUUAACAGUAAUAAGUUGGCUGUAGGUGGUCCUCCAUAACUUUGACCUCGGACCAAAAAUUUUUAUGAUCAACUGGCCUAGCAGGCUGAUGUGAUGUGCAGACAUGGAGUCAAGUUACUGUUAACAUUUUAUCAGUAAAUCAAUCAACAGCAACUACAGGAGUAAAGACCAACUAGAACAUGUCUGCAGUAUCAAAACUCAUCCACUUGCAUAUUAAACUCGGUCCUGAUUGCUUCCUCUCUGCUGACGCAUCUUAUCGUCAUGAUUUGUCUGUAGUUUCUGGAGCUCUACAAAAAUAAGUUGUUGUAAAUUGUGUUAAAAAUGCAUCGUUUUGGGUAUUUUUUGAUUUUACACAUUUUUACUUGGGUUAUUUAUUUUGUGUGCUAUCCCACAGCACCAUCAUCUCUUUCAUGGGCACCGCCAUUUGGGAACAGGUUAUUACGGGUGACAUCAGGUGUCAGUGUGACACAAAAGGUCAAUGGGCUAUAGAGGUCAGCCCCUUGAACUUCCUGGUUUGUCCAAAGCUGUGGAUUCAAACAAAAACUCCUAAUGAAAUCACUGCCUGUUUAAAUGUUCCCUGCUUACGAGUUCUUUCUAGGUAGAACUGCGACUUUUGUCUUACAUCUUGGCCCUGGUCAAGUGAACUUUUGGCCAAUUCUUAACCUUCAUUUCUUAACCACGAUUAUUAGUGUAGCGACUUGACCUGUGAGAGAACAUGCAGGCGAGACUCCACGGGGCAGCUCAGACCCUGCUUGUGGGCAGGUGGGUUUCAGGGAGUGCUGAGGGGGAUUAAAAGGAGAUUUUUGAUUUUGAUUCACUAUACUUUGAAAUUGUCUGAGAGCAGGGUCAGAUGUGAUGAACAGUGCAGCAGAUCAGACCCAGCAGAAGGUAAGAAGGCCACCGGUGUGGCAUGAAGGCUCAUAGGACAGCAAUCCACCCUAAAGAACAACAGGAGAUAAUUGAGGUCCUUUCAAGGUCCAUUAAACAGCUGUGUGUGUGUGUGUGAGAGAGAGUCCUUCCUCUGCCAUACCUCUUACACUGUCUUGUGCCCUCCACCUGGCGUUGAUGAAGUCUGGCACUAAGAAGAGUUUAGUGGGCCUUCAGCCCUGGUGAAAUUUGAUAUUAAACCCCUGUUGACCACAAAACAGGCCCAUGGAGCUGAAAUUAGGCCCACUGAGGAGAGGCAACGAAGUCCUGGCGUGGAGCCUUUUGUGGACUUCACAUCUGUUCCACCGUGUAUGAGACUCCAUUUCAUAACCGUUAUCACGGAGUAAAAUGGAAUGUGGUGAGAAAGAGAACAAUUCCAAGUGUCAUUAUCAUCAUCAUCACUCCACUUAUCCUCUUGAGAGUCAUGGCAGCUCAUUUCUUGCACUUUUGUUGUCCUUCCUUCCAUGGCUACGCACUACUGGAGCUCAAUGCAUCCUUUACUGUACGGGACACCCACAAAUGCCUGACGAGAAUUGGUAAAACAUACCAGCUGGGCACAAAAAGCUGGCAUCUCAGCCAAGUCCUUCAAACGUUUUGGACUGAAAUCUGUUGUGUUUUAUUUGCCACCCGAAGUUAGAUUUCCCUGCUGGCAGAAAGUUCAUUGAUGAUAACACAAUUAUGAUUGAGACCCCAAUUAGUAAACUCGCCGAACUGAAGGAAGGGGGUACUUUCUUUUUCCCCAUGAGUGUACAGGUGAAGUAAAGGAAAUGUUUAACAGUCCAAGUUUAAAUCGUCAGAUUUAAUCCGUUUCUGAAUUUACUACAUUGCACCAACCAAAGAACAAAAUCCACUGCUUAAAAAAGUGUUUUUGAGAAACAUCUGGGAAUACAAAUCUUUUUCGGAAUUCAUUGCCAUUAAAAUAAACAUCAUAUAGUAGGAAAAGAAAAAAAAGAAAAAGAGAAGGGACAGCAGUAUUCCUGAAACACAGGGCCACAACUCGGCAUUCCCUGUCCCCAUAGGCCAUUUUUAGCAGACUUCUGGCUGUAACAUGUCAAGGGGGACUCUCUGCCACCCACAGUAGUGCCCAUCAAAGCCCACACCCCUUGUCACUGCCUAGACUGGUGUGAUGCCAGGCUGUGAAAUUUGGUUUCUUCCACAGUCCAAGUCAUUUGGUCUCAACAUGUUGAAGGGAGCCCAUUGCUCACCAUCGCCGCCUCGGUUGUGUAAUCUUAAAGAUGGAGUCAUGUUCAAGCUGUUGUGAUUUUUACCCACAGUCUACAACAGUCAAACAAAGGUCUUGAAGGGCACCAGUGUCAGGGGGCAUCGGGGCUUAGGCCCAUUCCCGUUCUUAAGGCCCGAGGUUAUGCAGCUGCCACCCUGCUCAAGAGUGCACACGUUUCACAUAUUAGCAACAUUCAGACUUUCACUUAUACAUUCAUCUCAACAUUUGUUUUUAUAAAAUGCUUUCUGAUAUGUUGCAACAACAUAAGAGAGAGGAAUUGGGGGCAUCAGAGGUACUCGUCAUGUCCUGUCCAGUCCAGUCAGUGACCCCAAGCAGGAGAGAGCAGCACAAUCGGUCUGAGAAGCCACUGGGUGCCAAUGUGGAAAUGCCAAAUGAGGAAAUGAGCCCCC